UCUUGGCAAUUUUAUUGCUUGUGGUUGGUUCAUAGUUAGACGACAUGUUGAAGCUAACUUUGGUCUUAGCCGUAUUGGCUAAUUUAGGGCUCGGAACCGCAGAACCGUUUUUCGACAUUUUGAGUAAUUUGAUGAACAAGGCUAUUAAUCCAAGGAAUAAUGAUUGCCGAGCUCCCAGUACUGACAAAUAUACUGAAGCUUGCUCAGAAAUCAACGAAGGAUAUGAUUAUGCAGAUUUAAUGAAAUCAUAUAACGAUGCCACCACCGCUAUUUCUGGUGUUUCCAUUUAUCAAUGGCAGAGAACACACGAGGGAGUUAGUCAGCUCUCGUCGGUUGGCGCUCUUAUGUUGGUGUUAAGUAAAUUAUCACAAAAUGCUGUGGACGAGACGCGUUCGCAAUUAUAUAAUCUGAUUAACUUGGAUAACAGCAAAGAGGUGAGAUACCUCAUUCCUAAGGUUGCAAAGGAACAUUCAGCUACAAGUGGUGACUUUAUAUCAACACUUACUACAAAAGUUUUUAGUGACAAAGUUUUCAGUAAAAACUUCAUAAAAUGUACCAAUGAAGUUAUCAUGGGAGAAACAGGAGUUCUCGAUUACAAUAAUCCUUCUGCCGCAGCUGAAGAGAUAAAUUCAUGGUUCGGUGAACAAACAAGGUUUGACAGAGCCGAUGUAGUCACUGCUGCCGAUGUUCGUAACGAUUCGGGUUUGAUCUUCGCUACAUGCCAUAACUUAGAGUUUGAGUUUGACCAAUUUAUCUUCAGUGAACUGGUUAAUAUCAGUUUCUACAUCAGCGAAGAUAAUAUUACCACACUACCUGUCUGGAAAGGUGAAGGAAAAGCAAAAUACUCUUUCAACGAUAAACUACAGGCUCAUGUUGUUCAACUGCCUCUGAAAGGUGACGGUACUCUGGUAGUUAUUAAACCCCCGAUUGGCCGCGUUCCAGAUUUAUUAUACUAUCUCCGUGAUAACAGAAAUUUCGCAAAUUUACUAGCUGAAUCCCAGGAGACGUAUCUUAAACUUUACCAGCCUUUGAACGAUUAUGUAGUCAGAAGCCAUGAUUCCGUUUUAGGUCUUAAAUUGGCUAAUCAAUUGACACAAAUCUAUUUCGAUGAUUUUGAUGGUUUUCGUGGCAUUUUGGAAAAUGGUUCUGGCUACGUAACUAACAUGUUCCACCAAAUGCACAUGUCAAUCAAGGGAUUGGGACAAAAUGCCAUUACGUCAGAUUGUGGAGAAAACGCAAAAGAGUUGGUAAUUGAUUCUGGUUUUGUCUUUUACGUCAUGGGACCAUCUGGAGGAGCUCCAGAACUAUGUGGCACACAUUUGUCCUAAAUACCUUUAGUAUUUUUGCAUUAAUUGUCACGAAAUUGACAAUUAUUUUCAACGCGAUGAUAUAUUUCAUGUGAAUUUAAAUUUAUUUGUAAAAUUAUAAUAAUAGGUGUAUUAAAAUGUUAUUAAAUUGUUUAUAACUGUAA